AUGGCUUCAGCUGGAGCCGAUCUCAUUUGUGGAGUCUGCACGCGGUUGCUGAGUGAUCCCUACAGUCUGCCGUGUGGGCACACGUUUUGCCUACGACCCUGUCUGCUGCCACACCCCAAAGCUCUGGCAGCGCGUUGUAUCAACUGUCAUACAACGUUCGACGUGUCUCAGUUGCGUCCCAACUACACCGUUGCCACCCAGAUGUAUCGGUGUAAGCAGGAAAUGAAGGGUGAAGGUGAGGGCGUGGGUGCAACACCACCUUAUAAAAAGGAGGUGGACGGGAACAUGCUUCUCUCCGAACGUUGUGGCGCCUGUCGGAAAUCAGUCGAAGCAGAAGCUUUGGAAAUUUGCCUCCAUUGUCACCACAGCAUCUGUCCGCAGUGCCGUGAGAAGCACCGUAACAAUAGCAUGAAGGAAGCGAUGACAGAGAAGAAUUGGUUGGAGAAGUGCCUAACCAAGGUCAGAUUAUUGGAGGAGAUGGUGUCGAGUAUUACACCUCUUCCCAUAAUGCAAAAACAUCUCUCCGACAUAUUCACAGUGGUUGGUCAACAUUUGAGCGAUUUCGAUCUUGUUGUGAGUGAUGGUCUGAUACCGCUGCCACAGCUCUUUCCCCUGUGCGCUGAUGAGGCAAGAAGAGGCAAAAUGAUUAAUCAAAGUAUGUUUGCCCAAAGCACCACAGCCAUCACAAAAACAACAGCAACGUCACAGGUGAGGCUGUACAUUGGUGGAUUGAGACUGAGCCACACGGAGAGCCAGCUGCGACAGCACUUCGCUCAGUACGGUGCCGUCACAGACUGCUACAUUGUGCGGGACUGCAAGACAGACGAGUCGAAGGGCUACGCCUUCGUGACCUUUCAGGAGGCGGCAGAGGCCAGUCGCGCGCUGGCCGACUGCCCGCACUUCAUCGAGGGUGGCCCAGUGUGCGUGAAACCAUCCAAAGGGAAGAAGAAGGAGGAGAGGGAGGAGGAGGAGGAGGAGGAGAAGGAGGAAGAGACGGCGGCGGCGGCGUCGACGUCGGUGGCGAAAGCGUUGGGCUUUACGUCUACCAAGAAAGGUGUCGUGGGGAAGAAGAAGCACAAGAACGAAGGAAGCAGCAACGAUAGUCGCGCAGAAGUAAACAAGCUGCGUCUCUUCGUUGGCAAUCUGAGUCCUUCGAUCACGCAGCAGGAGUUGAGGCAGCACUUCUCCCACUAUGGCAAGGUGACCAGUGUGGACGUGAUUCUCGAUCGUGAAAGUGGAAAGGCACGAGGCAUUGCCUUUGUGAACAUGAGCACACAUGUAGAAGUGGAGGCUGUCCUGGAUGCACGUCCUCACCGACUGAAUGGGGAGAGCAUCAUUGUGCGACCCGCACAUGCGCGAGCGCUGAGGGAAGCAGCUCCGUCCAAUGUUGAAAAGGCUGAUCUUCGGUUUGUUGGUUUUGCGCCCAUGCCUAGAACGAGGCGGUCCAUGAUACGACGCGGCAGAACUAUGUACACGCCCAGUUGCUUUCUCGAUAGUCGUGAAAGGAGACAAGAAAGGUGA